AUGAUGGUGCCUUCCCUCAUGCCAAUCUUGUUGCUGGCGGCCCUGUCCGUGGCUUGUGCGCACCGUGUCGAGCGUGUGGAGCAGAAUGUCAACGCUUCAGCAGAAUCAUCUUUGAGAGCUGGAGACACGUGCCAUUGCUUCGAUGACGGGGUCUUCAACAACCGUUGCUGCGGAACUGGCUUAAUUUGCAACUACGGCAAGUGCGAGAUCGCCCUCGACGGCGGCUGCCAAAAGUCCCUCUUGGGAGGCAGCGGCUGCGCCGAAAAGAUCUAUGGCCGGUCGGUUGGCUGCGUCUCCGGCCGCUGCUGCGUUCACAGCAUCCCGGAGAAGCUGUUGAAGCGCGUGAAGAGCGAAUCCCACGGAGUCGAUGUCCUCAAGUACAGCCGAGUGAUGCAGAACCUCAGCAGCGGAGAUUGUAAGAUGCUCAUGGCCAAGACGAGCUUCUGCCACCGGCAGCUGACGUCCUGGCUGGCUGCCAGGCAUCACAUCUGCAAGGUCUACCGUGCCGUAGUCCACGGUCGUCCUGGCGAUCUGCGAAGUGACAUGGUGGAGGCCACAGCUGCAGGGGACUGGUCUUUCCAACUGCGGAUGCCGCUGGGUGGCCGGGACUGCUUGACGCUGGGGCGCGAGGUCGAGAACUUGGGCUCAUGGACGGUCCUCGAGCUGAGCCCUGUGACGGGACGCAGGCACCAGCUGCGUAUCCAUAUGGCCAUGAUCGGCUGCCCUAUCGUCGGGGACGCAGAGCAUGGUCGACGUGGAGAUGGGAGCUGGGGUCUUUUGCUGGCUUCGGUUGCUCUGAAGCUGCCUCACCCAAAGGCGUCUUCGGAGACACCAGAAAUCCUGGAGUUCGCGGAAAGCGAGCCGCCGUCCUUUCUGAGGUGGAGAGCGGAUGCUGCAGCUCUCCACACCCCACCUCCGUCUCAAGAGGCUGCCGGAUGCUUCGCGGGGGUCUUCCGCACUGUGCCGACUGCUCUUUGUGGCGGAUGCAGAGGCUGGUCCCAAAGCACCGGAUGCCUCGCGAACUCUUCAUGUGUGCUGUCCAGGACUUCCCUUCUGUGGAUUGCAAGAAGCUGA